AUGGCUCGAAUAAUGUUUGUUGGUCUUGUAAAUAUACGAAAUGUAAUAAAUGUCAGUAAUAUCAGUGCAGUUGGAGGUACUUUACAUAUUAGACAACAUUCGGAUGUCACAUCUAAACCUGCGACUUCAAUAGCUAUUGAACUAUCAAAACUUGUGGAUUCUGAUGAGGCAGUAAAAAAAGAAAAGAAACUCAAUAAAGCUAUGAAAAUAUAUUUGCAGAGAUGUAAAGAUUAUCGAAAAUUUUUAGAAAUAGAAAUAAUAAAAUAUGAAAUUGGAAAACGACAUUUAGCCAACAUGAUGGGUGAAGAUCCUGAUAAAUUAACAGAAAAAAGUAUUGCGAAUGCAAUAAAUUAUUUGUUUCCUUCGGGUUUAUAUGAUUGGAGAGCACGUCCUUUAAUAUCGGAUCCAGUGAAAACAUUUGGACAAAGCAAAGAAGCAGAAUUCAAUGAUAUGGGCAGACCAUUUCAUUUUUUCUAUUAUACUUGUAAAAAAAAUUAUUAUGAAGUAUUACAUGAAGAACAAAUGUGGGCGCAAAAAAAAUUACCUACUUCUGAAAAUAAAGUAGAUUUGUUAGGAACAGAUUGGUGUGCUAAAAAUGAUGUGGAAAAUAUAAUGAACGAAGAACUUGAAACAAAUGAAUAUACCUAUCUUAUUAAAUCUUUGGAAAGGCUGGCAGUACAUCCAAUGUCAAAGGAUAACUUUGAUUUCAUUAUGAAAUUUAGAAAACCAUUGAAAAAUAUUAUAGGUGAACUUACACUUCCACCUAUUGAAUAUGAUAGCAAUGGUAGACCUUUCAUCGAAACCAAUAGUGAGUAUAAGAAAAAAUAUAUUCAUACCACACACACUGUAAUAGUAUACAGGGUGUUGUUGAAAAAUAAGACCUUGAUACUUUAUUUAAUGUUGCUUAAUUAUUUGGAAGAUUGCAAAAGAAAAUCUUCAAGAGGAAAUGUAAAGGUGAUAGGCAAAGGAUCUGGAAAUAUUACUAUCAAUGGACACGAUAUUACAUACUUUGAGAGGAUACUGCACCGUGAACAGAAGUAA